AUGCCGCGGGGAUCGACGCCUACCUCUUAUCGAGAGCUGUAUCAAGGCCCUGCUCCCUCGCCCCGCGUGGCCAAUCGGAGGCGCGCAAUAGCGGCGCCGUCCCGCCAUUGGUUUGAUACGCUUUUGAUCGCGCCGCCCUUCUCGAUCCGCGGCUUGAUCAAUCACAAUUACCCGCUUAUAUCGAUGCUGCGUCCCACCGGCUUCGCUCCGGCUACAAUGCAGUUUGGUCUCUGCACU